UUAUUAAUCAGAAAGAUUUAUUUUUUGUACCAAUAAAAUUGUUAGAUAAAUUAAAAUGAAUGAAUCUGUGAAUCAUUGUUAGUGGAUGAUUAUGUUGCGUGGAAAGAGUAAAAAAGUGGAGAAUGAAGAGACAGAAGGUGAGCUGAAACAGAGGAGACCGAAGUGUGCUCGGUGUAGAAAUCAUGGCUUGAUUUCUUGGUUGAGGGGACACAAAAGAGAAUGUCGUUAUAGGGAGUGUCUUUGUCCGAAAUGUUCUUUGAUUGCAGAAAGACAGAGGGUGAUGGCUGCACAGGUGGCCCUUAAGAGACAACAGGCAGCAGAAGAUGCUAUUGCUCUAAAAAUGGCUAAAGUCGCAACUGGUCAGAAGCUCAGUCGAUUACCUCCGGGAAAAAUAUUUGGUAUGGCAGUAACCGAUCCAAAAUCAAUUGGGGAUAGCAACAAACAAGAAAAUCCUCCUUCAAAAGAGGAUCUAGGAGAUGAAGAUUCGAAAAAGGACGACUCUUUAAAUGAUCAAUGUCUCAAUUCAUCAGUGAUCAAGGAGAGCACACCAAAGAACAAAAACCUAGUAUUCAAUGUGAACAAUAGAGAGGAAACAAAAGAGAGCAGUGUGUCUCAAACUUCAGUGGAAACAUUAGCUCGUCUCUUUCCCAAUACAAAGCUCUCAGUACUACAAUUAGUGUUGCAAAGAUGUGGUCAAGAUUUAUUGAAAGCUAUCGAAUAUUUUGCUAGUGACAGUUUUGGAAUCAAUUCGACAACUUAUACUUCAGCCUUUCAGCCUCCUCAAAGCAUUAACGAGGCCAGGUCUAACGAACAAAUUGCUGGUACUAUGUUGGCUCCAAUUUAUUCCAGUCUUUCAAGAAAUUUCUAUGGAGAUGGCUAUUGUUUCUUAAAUAUCGUUCCUGAACAAUUUCCUAACAGUAUAGUAGAUGCAACAGCUUGUACCGCAUUGCCAAUCAAAAAUAGUGGACAUGAACAAGAAGGAGUAGCUUUAAAUGUUCAAUACAAUAAUUAUUUCAAUUCAGGAACGCAACAACAGCUGAGAGAUCAUGUGUAUACUCAAGUUACGGAUCAUCUUUCUCCAAGACCUAGUUUCCUUCAUUUACCAUCGGUAUUACCAGGAAUUCCCUGUGUGCAACCUAAUUGCUCUCAAUGUAUUUAUAAAUUUCCCUGAAUUGGAGAAUAUUUAUUCCUUAUAAUAAUAUUUAUUGAACGCUCUUAUGGAAGAAUACAUGUAUUUCAAAACAUUAUUAA